CUCACUGCGCACUGUGACACCCCAACCCUCCUGUGUCAUUCAGGCUCGGGGACCAUCUGUCCGCUCUGUAGUUUGCGGCUAAACCCCUGCUCCUCCUCUUUCUGCUCGCUGCCCUCCCGCCCCCGCUUCCCUACACCCGUGGGGCGUUUGCACCUGUCGCCCCCCCUCCAUACACACGUUUUCAAACAGCUUACUGUCCCUCACAUGAGUCGGGGUCUAUCUGGAUCCACAGGCCCGUUUUAUGCUCGGAAGUAAUAGAGUGGCGUCUCUUGUGGCUACCUAGGAGACAAAAUUCCAACACACUGGGGGGCUGGACAUCUCAUUGACUUCAAGUACCUGGUAACAUGGCAAAAGAUGCUGGCCUAAUUGAAGCAAAUGGAGAGCUCAAGGUUUUUGUAGAUCAAAAUCUCAGUCCUGGAAAAGGUGUAGUAUCGUUAUUGGCUGUACAUCCAACGUCUGUAAAUUCUGUCGGAAAGCAACUCCUGCCGAAAACUUUUGGACAGUCUACUGUUAACAUUUCUCAGCAAGUGGUUAUUGGAACACCCCAGAGACAAUCUGCAGCCAGUACAAUCUUAUUAGGAAGUCCACAUACCCCUAACACGCACUUUGUAUCGCAGAACCAAACUACAGAGUCCUCACCUUGGUCUGCAGGGAAGAGAAGUAAGAAAGGUGAAAAAAAUGGAAAGGGGUUGCGUCAUUUCUCCAUGAAAGUAUGUGAGAAGGUACAGAAGAAGGGAACUACGUCGUACAAUGAAGUGGCAGAUGAGUUAGUUGCAGAAUUUAGCUCAGCGGAUAACCAUAUAUCACCAAAUGAAUCGCAAGCGUAUGAUCAGAAGAAUAUAAGACGUCGAGUUUAUGAUGCCUUAAACGUGCUUAUGGCAAUGAAUAUUAUUUCUAAGGAAAAGAAAGAAAUUAAGUGGAUUGGCCUACCCACAAACUCUGCUCAGGAAUGUCAGAACUUAGAGGUUGAGAGACAAAGGCGGCUUGAAAGGAUAAAGCAAAAACAGUCUCAGCUCCAAGAACUUAUACUACAGCAAAUUGCAUUCAAGAACCUAGUUCAGAGAAAUCGUCAGACAGAGCUGCUGGCAAACAGACCUCCUCCAGCCAAUUCAGUCAUACACUUACCGUUUAUUAUUGUGAACACCAGCAAGAAAACCGUAAUUGAUUGUAGCAUUUCUAACGACAAAUUUGAAUAUCUCUUUAAUUUCGACAACACAUUUGAAAUUCACGAUGACAUAGAAGUAUUAAAAAGGAUGGGUAUGGCUUGUGGACUGGAAUCCGGAAGUUGCUCUGCAGAAGACCUUAGGAUAGCACGAAGUUUGGUGCCAAAGGCUCUAGAACCGUAUGUGACAGAAAUGGCUCAGGGAUCGAUCAGCAGUGUGUAUGUCUCAUCAGGUUCUGUAUCGAAUGGAAGGAGGUUUUCUACAAGUGAACUGACAGGCUGUACAGAUGGUAUAUUGGCAACUAGUUCAAACGGAUCUCAGUAUAGUAGCUCCAGAGUAGAAACACCUGUGUCUUACGUUGGAGAGGACGAAGACGACGAGGAAGAUGACUUCAAUGAAAAUGAUGAUGAUGAAUGAUUUGUAGAUGGUGUUUGUGUCUUCAGUUGAAAAAGCUUCAGGAAUCUUUUGUGUUCAGUUAUUUGAGGUGUACUUUCUUUUACAACAGUCUUGGUAUAAUAUUGUUGAGACUAAUAAGUCCUAGUUACCAACCAAGGACUGCUUGUAACUUUUUUUUUUUUUUUUUUUUUUUUUUUUUUUUUUCCCCUUUUGAGGUGUGGAUGUUAUUUCUCACAAGCCCCUUUUGAGUUUUUAAAUAUAUUUUAUUUAUGUUUUGUUUUGCCCCCAGUGAAAUUGGCUACACUUUAUAAUAUUGUAUUUCAGCCACAAAAAUUAAAUGGUAUCCUCAUAUGUAAAAAAUAAAUGGGUUCAUCUAAUUAAAAAUUAUCUGGAGUGUUUCAAUAAUGCCAGUAAUUUCAAAAUGGCAAUAUGGUUUUUUCAAAUCAUGCAUUGUCCAAAGAAAUAUACUUUUUUUUUUUAACCCCCUACCCAUAAAUGAAUUGGGAGUUCAGAAUUAACCUGAACUGUGUGUUUUUUUAAAAAAAAAUAUGUAAUGUAUAUUUUGGGAGAAAAAAAAUACAUUUUAAGUCAUUGCUGGUGCAGCUAUAUGAAAUAUCUAUAUUUUGCUUUUAGUAAAAUUUGCCUGAAUUCUUGCAGGUAAAUGUUUGAUUUUUUUAAUUCUAUAGUUGUUUACAUAAGUAUCAUUUAAAGUAUGUACUGAAACAAAUGUUUUGUAUUUGUUUCCUAAAACCUCUACCUGUAAUCUAUUAUGUUAAAAUUAUUAUAGCGUUAACAGUUUGUUUUUUUUAACCCAAGAUUUACAAAUCCUUUUUAACAGUUCAUAUUUUAUAUAAGAAAUUUAACAGCAGACGCUGGUGAUUUCGGACAAUUCUCAAAAUUAGAACUGACGGCUGCCUGUUACAAUCAUAUUCCUUUUAUUGAAACAUACACUUAUGUAAUUUUAACUAUACAGAGACUUAUUAAAUGAUUUGUUUAACUUGGCACUGUUAGUUUUAUUAAUAAAACAUGCAUGGGCAUUUUAAAAAA